AUGGCUCAUCUGACCGGUGCCCAAGUCAUUGCUCGUUCGCUUAGAGACCUUGGAGUAACCGUCGUGUUUGGAAUUGUUGGUAUACCGGUGGUGGAGAUUGCAGAGGAAGCGAUCAAUCUGGGCAUCCGGUUCAUUGCUUUUCGUAACGAACAAGCAUGCAGUUAUGCUGCGAGCGCCUAUGGGUUUAUGACUGGGCGGCCAGGUGUCUGUCUGGUAGUUGGUGGGCCUGGAGUGCUACAUGCUAUGGCUGGCAUAGGAAAUGCCUCUGCUAACGGAUUCCCACUACUCAUCCUUGCUGGUUCAGUUGAAACUACUGCAAUGACAAAAGGGGGGUUCCAAGAGAUGGAUGCAAUUGCUCUUCUCACGCCCCACACAAAGGCAGCAAUCCGACCAGUUUCAGUUGAUGCUGCACGCGACGCGAUCCGAAACGCAUACCGAAUAUGUUGGUAUGGCCGUCCUGGUGCUACGUUUAUCGAUCUUCCAGCAGAUUUAAUCCAGGGGAGAUCUGAUAUUGAGAAUGUCACUCCUGGGUCCCAGGAGAUAUCUUCUCCACCUUUGCCUGCUGCUGACCCAGCAAGAAUAUUCAAGGUGGUACAGAUUCUUAAGUCUGCCAAAUCACCUUUGAUAAUAGUUGGAAAAGGUGCUGCAUAUGCUCGUGCAGAAGCCUCCAUCAGGGAACUCAUCGAACGAACUGGAGUUCCUUUCCUACCCACUCCGAUGGGCAAAGGCGUGGUCCCAGAUUCUCACGCUUUAAACGCCUCUGGUGCGCGAAGCGUGGCCUUGAAAAAUGCCGACGUGGUGAUCCUCUUUGGAGCCCGUUUAAACUGGAUCUUGCAUUUUGGAGAACCGCCACGUUGGUCUUCCAGUGUCAAGAUCAUUCAAGUUGAUAUCCGGCCGGAAGAGCUCGGCCAUAAUAUGGGCAUUGGAGAGUUAGGACUUGUAGGAGACAUUGAUCUUGUCGCAAAGCAGCUUCUGUCUGCCCUUUCUGACUGGCGCGUAACAUUGGCCGAGUCAUAUCUCUCUCUGCUCGCAGCCUCAACAGCGAAAAACCGGUCAAAAAUGCUUGAUAAAGCCCUUAAACAGACCCCCGUCGAUGGUCUCUUAACUUUUCAUCGGACAUUUCACAUAAUCAAGACUACUCUUAAUACCAUAUCGCCCCCAGAGCUGGGGGGUAUCGUGUACGUCUCCGAAGGAGCUAACACUAUGGACAUAUCUCGUUCUGUAUUUGAACUUGAAUAUCCCCGGCAGCGACUUGACGCUGGAACCUACGCAACUAUGGGAGUUGGGCUUGGCUACAUUGCCGCAGCCCAUGCAGCCUUCAAUCUCUCCUCCGCAAGUAAGGGGUCAACAAACAGCCCACCGAAGAAGAUCGUCGCGUUUGAAGGUGACAGCGCUUUCGGUUUCAGUGCCAUGGAAGUUGAGACUCUCGCUCGUCACCAGAUUCCGGCGUUGAUUUUCGUCGUGAAUAAUUCCGGUGUAUACCACGGAGAUGCGAUCAACGAAGCCGACUGGCGCGAGCUGCAGAAAGACACAAUUGCAGAUAAAACGAAGAUUGAUGCCAACCAAGAUACCCCUAACAGUGCUCUCAAAAAAGGCCUCCGGUCUACUAGUCUUCUAUAUAACACGCGGUAUGAAUAUCUAUCAACUAUGUGUGGUGGUAAUGGGUUUCUUGUUCGCACGGAAAAGGAACUGGAAUCUGCCACCAAAUCCGGUUUUUUAGAGAAGGAGAAGGUCACCAUUAUCAAUGUUAUCAUAGAGCCCGGAAUCGGCCAAUCCAUUCAAUUUGGCUGGCAGGCAUCUAAAGGAAAGGACACGCAGGAAGCAAAGCUGUAG